GUACUUUGUCACAAAAUCCAACUGAGGUUCGAAGCGGAUGUAUAAAUACUAGUAUAUAGAGAGGGAGAGGGAGAGAGACAUUCCGUAUAUAACCGGGAUUGCAACUUGUUAAACCCCUACAGAUUCGACCAAAUACCCCAAACUCUCUCCCUCAUCAAAGAAUGGCGACAACAGAACCAGCGGAGUCGAUGAAACCCUACAAGCUCAAACAAACCCUAACCGGCCACAAACGCGCAAUCUCAAGUGUCAAAUUCUCCGAAGACGGCAAACUUCUCGCAAGCUCCUCCGCCGACAAGACCGCCCGCAUUUGGGCCGCCCGCGAUGGACUACCACUCCAAGAACUCCAAGGCCACGACCAGGGGAUCUCCGAUAUCGCAUUCUCCUCCGACACUCGCUACCUCGCCACCGCUUCCGACGACAAGACCGUCCGCCUCUGGGACGUCGCCACCGGUUCUCUCGUCAAAACCCUAACGGGACACACCAAUUAUGUCUUCUGCGUCAAUUACAACCCUCAGUCCAACAUGAUCGUGUCCGGCUCGUUCGAUGAGACGGUUAGGAUUUGGGAUGUGAAGACCGGCAAGUGCUUGAAGGUGCUUCCCGCGCAUUCGGACCCUGUGACGGCAGUCAAUUUCAAUCGGGAAGGGACUUUGAUCGUGUCGAGUAGUUACGACGGGUUGUGCCGGAUUUGGGACGCGUCCACCGGGCAUUGUAUGAAGACGUUGAUAGACGACGAGAAUCCACCCGUGAGCUUUGUGAAAUUCUCGCCCAACGGCAAGUUUAUUCUCGUCGGGACUUUAGAUAAUACAUUGAGGCUUUGGAACAUUUCCACUGGUAAAUUUCUGAAGACUUACACUGGCCAUGUUAAUUCAAAGUACUGCAUUUCAUCGGCAUUUUCCAUAACGAAUGGAAAGUAUAUUGUUAGUGGUUCUGAGGAUAAUUGUGUAUACUUGUGGGGACUCCAGACCAGAAAAGUAGUUCAAAAAUUGGAAGGUCACACUGAUACUGUCAUAUCAGUUUCAUGUCACCCCAGUGAGAACAUGAUUGCAUCUGGUGCACUCGGAAAUGACAAAACAGUGAAGAUAUGGGCUCCAGAGGACUGAUUUAUUUAUCCUGUAAACAUUCUGUAACAUGGAUGCAAGCAGCUGUGCUUGGCAACAUUGUGGUGCUAGAGCCUCGAAGAAUAGCAGGGGGGAGAGAUUGACCUGUUUGUAUUUUAAACAUCACUGCUUCACGGAUCCAAGCACCAGUGACCUAAUUUUCCUUUCUUCUGGCUAUAUUUAGCAGCUCAUUUUAAGUUAAUGUAUCCAGGAAUAUUGCAUUUUUUAGAUCAAUGUAAACUAUGUUUCAGUUUC